CAAGUGCUACUGUAAUAACACUGAAACUGGUUGUGGGAAAUAAUCAUGGAAGCUAAGUUAAAGAAAGAGUUGGGCACCGCCAUGCUGAAGUCAACUGGUCACUCAGGAGGAGGAUGUAUCAGCGAGGGCCAGAGUUAUGAUACUGACACUGGGAGAGUGUUUGUGAAGAUUAAUCACAAGAGCGAGGCCAAAUUGAUGUUUGAUGGGGAGAUGGCCAGUUUGGAGGCUAUUUUAAAGACAGAAACUGUUAAAGUCCCCAAGCCUGUGAAGGUGAUUGAACUUGACACCGGAGGAUGUGUAUUUGUGAUGGAGCAUCUGGACAUGAGAGGUCUUACCAAGUACUCACAGCAACUAGGAGAGCAGCUGGCAGAUCUGCAUGUUCACAACAAGAAACAGUUGGAAAAAUUAAAUAAAGAGCAGCAGACAAUGGGUAAAGGAGCUGGACAAUCAGAGGUAGCGGUGGUUGAAAAAUUUGGCUUUAGUGUACCGACAUGCUGUGGAUAUCUACCUCAGGAAAAUGAGUGGCAGGAUGACUGGGUGACAUUUUACUCCCAGCAGAGGCUGCAGCACCAGCUUAACAUGGUGGAGAAAUCUUAUGGAGACAGGGAGGCCAGAGAACUAUGGGCCAAGCUACAGCUGAAGAUCCCUCAGUUUUUCACAGAUGUGGAGAUUGUCCCUGCUCUCCUCCAUGGAGACUUAUGGGGAGGCAACGUUGCCCAGUGUGCAGAGGGCCCAGUCAUCUUUGACCCAGCCUCCUUCUAUGGCCAUUCAGAGUAUGAGCUGGGUAUUGCAGGGAUGUUUGGUGGCUUCAACAGCUCUUUUUACUCUGCUUACCAUGAAAAGAUUCCUCAAGCACCAGGCUUUGCAAAGAGAAACCAGCUUUACCAACUCUUCCACUAUCUGAAUCACUGGAACCACUUUGGUGGUGGCUACAGGGGCUCUUCAAUAAGUAUUAUGAAGAACCUACUGAAAUAAUUACACUCACAUUCUCUUGUAGAAAACUUCACAGUCUUAAACUCAAACUUAAUUGAGUAUUAUAAGUAUUAUAUUAUAUAAGUAUUUUGCAUGUAUUGCCAGAUGCUAAUUUGACCAAAAAUAGUGUGGCUAUUUGUUGAAGAGACUAAACAUAACAUUCUAACAUUGUAAUGUCUACAUUGUGUAGACAAUACAGAAUUCACACAGCAAAAUAAUGCUGCCCCGUCUGCUUUCCCUUUACCUACCUGCUUCAUGUGAAAUAUAAAAUGUUGUGUUUGAACAACGAUAUAUACUAUAUAGAUAUUUUUCUAGGUUAAAUUUAAAGAUAUUUCCUACACUGACGUGUGUAGGUUGCUGAUAAGCAAACAUGAACCAUAAUAUGCAAAACAGUUUUAAAAGGAUGGGCUUACCACACACCAACGUUUGUCAGUUAGAAGAUCAAAUACCAAUAAAUUUGAAGUUGGUCUGCAGCUGAGUAUGCUUUGGUAUGCUGAAAACCUUUUCUUAAUUUUUUUAAUUAUUUUUCAUUGCCAGCAUUUGACCAGACAUAGACUGAUUGUACUGCUGUGUAAAGGACAACACAUUAUCCCAGUAAAUGCAAUACUUUAUACUUUAUCUACAUAACUACACAAACACCUAUAAAAUGUUGCUGUAUUUCAAAUAAUCCUUUAAA